CGGAAAAUGCCCACCGAUGAGUCUUAAAUUGCAAUUAGUGCCGGUGACUCCCCCCCCCAGCUGUUUUUUUUCUUUUUAUAAAUCUCUUCAACGGUUUCCUGUGGUUUAUUUAAACCCAUUCAAUUCUCAGGUUUCGUUGAUUUGCACCCCAAACUUUUUUCUCUUUUCUCUUUUCUCUUGAUAUGUUAAGGAUUGGAAAGCUGAAUUUGUCCACAAUGUCCUCUGCUCAACAAAGAUUGGCCCAAGUCGGCUCACACCUCACUGCUCAAAAGCAAUCGCUUGCUCCACAGCGUCCUUACAAGAUCACCGUUAUCGGCUCUGGUAACUGGGGUACCACGAUUGCCAAAGUUUUGGCUGAGAAUGCCGGCUUGAGACCUCACCUGUUCCAGCACCAAGUUGACAUGUGGGUCUUUGAAGAGAAGAUCAACGGCGUGAACUUGACGGAGAUCAUCAACACACAGCAUGAGAAUGUCAAGUACUUGCCGGGUAUUAAGCUUCCAAAGAACUUGCACGCCGAGCCUUCCAUCGUCAAGGCUGCUGAAGGUGCCGAUUUGUUGGUGUUCAACAUUCCACAUCAAUUCUUGCCAGGUAUCUGCAAACAGUUGUCCAAGGCAACCCUCAAGCCACACGUGAGAGCCAUCUCUUGUUUGAAGGGUUUGGAAGUCACUCCAAACGGCUGCAAGCUGCUUUCCACCUAUAUCACUGAGCACUUGGGUGUCCACUGUGGUGCCCUUUCAGGUGCUAACUUGGCUCCAGAAGUUGCAAAGGAGAAGUGGUCUGAGACCACAGUUGCCUACAGAUUGCCAAAUGACUUCCAAGGCCACGGAAAAGAUAUUGACCGUUACGUACUAAGAGCUGCUUUCCACAGACCUUACUUCCACGUUCGUGUCAUUGAAGAUGUUGCCGGUGUCUCACUUGCCGGUGCAUUGAAGAACGUUGUUGCUCUCGGUGUCGGUUUCGUCCAUGGUUUGAACUGGGGUGAUAACGCUGCUUCUGCCAUUCAGAGAUUUGGUUUGAACGAGACCAUCAAGUUCGCAGAAGUCUUCUUCCCAGGUGAAACCAACCAGGAUACCUUUACCAAGGAAUCUGCUGGUGUUGCUGAUUUGAUCACAACCUGUUCUGGAGGUAGAAACGUCAGAGUUGCCAAGGCCAUGGCAAUCACUGGUAAAUCUGCAGUUGACGUUGAAAGGGAGUUGCUUAACGGUCAGUCAGCCCAAGGUAUCAUCACCUCUAAAGAAGUUCACGAGUUGUUGGCUGCAAAGAAUUUGACAAAGGAGUUCCCAUUGUUCGAGGCCAUCUACCAAAUCGUCUAUGGUACUGAAUCCAUCGAGAGAUUACCAGAGUUGAUCGAAGAGGAUGAAUAGACAUCUUGCUUAGAAUUACGCACUUUUUUCAUAUACACGGGUUCUCUUCUUUUUAUCUACCUUUAAUUCUCAUGUUUACUUGUUUUGCACUUCCAUAUAGUUUAUAUAAACACCCAUUCAACUCCAGUAACAUCCUGUAACCUCUUCAGUAGUUCAUCCAUCGGCGUAAAGAGCCCGAUCUCGCGUCUUUCACCGUCAUAACUGUGCAACAUACCCAGCACGCCCAAUCCAGCCUGGUCUUGUAAAUCGUUCAAUAUAAGAGACCCUGAAUCUCCACCCAUAGCAAACAUUGAUUUAGCGCUGUUUGAAACGACAAACUCAGAGGUUUGAAUUGACCCAUC